UGUUAAAUACCGAGGACUGCUCUCCCAGGUCAGCCUGGAGGUCUGGCUUCCCAGUCAACAUGAAGGCUCUCCUUCUUCUCGGGAUUCUCUUCCUUUCCGUCACUGUCCAGGGCAAGAUCUUUGAAAGGUGUGAGCUGGCCAGGACUCUGAAAAGACUUGGGCUGGGUGGCUAUAGAGGUGUCAGCCUGGCCAACUGGAUGUGUUUGGCCAAAUGGGAAAGUGAUUAUAACACAAAGGCUACAAACUACAAUCCCGGAAGCCAAAGCACCGAUUAUGGGAUAUUUCAGAUCAAUAGCCGCUACUGGUGUAAUGAUGGCAAAACGCCCAGAGCCGUGAACGCCUGUGGCAUACCGUGCAGCGAUUUGCUGAAAGAUGACAUCACUCAAGCUGUAGCAUGUGCAAAGAGAGUUGUCAGGGAUCCAAAUGGUAUUCGUGCAUGGGUGGCAUGGAAAGCACACUGCGAAAACCAAGAUGUCUCUCAGUAUGUUCGGAAUUGUGGAGUCUAACUGGAGUUUUCCUUCUGCAGCUCAUUCUGUUUCUUUUUCAUAUUAAGGGAGUAGUAGUAGUUGAGUGAAAGGUCACAUUACCAUCCUGUCAAACAAUAACACUUCUACAGAAGCAGUAACAAAAUAUGGUCUUUCUUCUAAAAGGCUUCAUGUUUAAGAAAUGUGUUUAGUAUUAUUUGAUAGCCUGUAAUAUUAUUCAGUUUGUUAAUAGAAAUAAUGCUGGUGAAAACUUAUCUAAAGUCUUGCCUAUCAAAUACAUCUCCAGUAUAUUCAGUUCUUAAAGAAAUAACCCCAACUUAAUCGUUAGUACUCCCCAAUAGUUCAUAAAAAUGUAAAAAAAGAUUAUCUUAAAAACAAACUGAUCUUAGGCAAAACUCUAGCUGAAUAGGCAUCUGUUCGGUCAUCUCCAAAAGCAGUAAAAAACAAAAUGAAACAAAACAAAACAAAAAACCACAACAAAGCAAACUGAAAAACUACAAAACAAACAAAAAAACACUCUCUGUUGGGCAAUAUAAAGUUUAAAAAGGAGCAGAAUGCCAAAUGGCUAAAAGUGAAGACAGCCUGAAUUAAGAAUUCUGUUUUUCUAAAGUGUGACCUUGGUUUAAAUAUUUUCUCAGAAGUGUUGCUUUCAUACUGCUUUAAAAAUAAGUUGACAGUUUAUAUGUCAAUCUAUUUUGGCCCUUUAAAGAACUCUUCUAGGCAUCUUUCUGAUCAUGAAGGAAUAUAAAGAAGGAUUAGAUGAGCUGUUGCUGUUCUUUGAUUUUUUUUUAACUUAGAUUUGCGCAUUAUGACUAAAUGCUAAGGCAAAUGACUUUGCAAGUAUUGAAAUAAUUGCUGAUUAACCACAGGUGUGAAAUUACGCAUGUUAUAAAAAUAAUACAAACAUUAUCAUUAAAAGUUUUGCAACUCAUAA